CCUAGUCACAUGACAGUUGACAAAAAAAACGUACUUCCUGUUUCUAGUAAAACAUUUCGAGACAUGUAUAUCCACGAAGUGUUCAUUUGAAAAAUGAAGUCCCCAUGGAUCCCAUGCUGUCUAGGUCUACUGUUGUUGUUUGACGUGUGCUAUGCCUUGAAUGGUGACAAAAGGCCGAAUUUUGUCCUGAUGAUGGUCGAUGACUUGGGGAUUGGAGACUUGGGCUGCUAUGGGAACACAACCUUGCGGACCCCCAACAUCGACAUGCUGGCUCAGGAGGGGGUGAGGCUGACGCAGCACAUCGCUGCGGCCCCCCUCUGUACGCCCAGCAGGGCAGCCUUCCUGACGGGUCGAUACCCGAUACGAUCUGGUAUGGCCGGCCUUGGACGGUUAGGGGUUUAUAUCAUCUCUGCUGCAUCUGGCGGUCUUCCCAGUGAAGAAGUCACCUUUGCCAAGGUGGCCAAACAACUGGGCUACGAGACUGCUCUCAUAGGAAAAUGGCACCUUGGUCUUCACUGUGAGAGGAACGACGACUUCUGUCACCACCCCAGUGCUCACGGCUUCGACCACUUCUACGGUAUAACCCUGACCAAUCUACGUGACUGUCAGCCCGGCCAGGGCUCCAUCUUUACCAAUGUCCAAGCACACAUACCAUUCAAGACCCUGGGAGUGGGUGUGGCUACCGUGACCCUCCUGCAUGCGAGGGGUGUGGUCACCGUGCGGAGGAAGUUGGUGCUGAGCGCGGUGGCGUUGGUGGGCGCGGCUGCGGCCAUCUUUGGCACAUUCGUCGCCACGUUCCCCUACUUCAACUGCUUUCUGAUGAGGAACCGGGAAGUGGUGGAGCAGCCGUAUGUCUCGGAGAACCUGACCCAGAGAAUGACAGAUGAAGCAGUGGACUUUUUAGAAAGAAACUCUGCACUACCCUUCCUGUUGUUCUUCUCCUUCAUCCAAGUGCACACGGCCAUGUUUGCAUCGCCAGCCUUCCAGGGGACCAGUCAGCACGGUAUCUAUGGAGAUGCUGUCCACGAAGUAGACUGGAGUGUAGGUCAGCUCAUGCAGACUCUGGACCGGUUGAACCUGAGGGAGAACACACUGGUGUACCUGACCUCAGACCAGGGUGCACACCUUGAGGAGAUCUCAGUCCGGGGGGAGGUGCACAGAGGCUGGAACGGGAUAUACAAAGCCGGGAAAUCCACCAAUUGGGAGGGGGGGAUCCGAGUUCCAGGACUGCUCCGUUGGACUGGGAUGUUACCUGCAGGGAAAGACAUUGAUGAACCCACCAGCAACAUGGACAUCUUCCCUACUGUGGUGAAGCUAGCCGGAGGGAUGGCACUGGGGGACAGAGUGAUAGACGGUCAUGACCUCAUGCCCCUGCUGCAGGGGAAAGUUGAGAGAUCAAAGCACGAGUUUCUCUUCCAUUACUGUAACGCCUACCUCAACGCUGUCAGGUGGCAUCCUCCCAACAGUUAUUCAAUAUGGAAGUUGUUCAUUUUCACUCCGGACUUCUACCCCGAGAACGGGACAGCCUGCAUGCAUACCCAUGCCUGUUUCUGCACCACAUCCUACGUGACCUACCACGACCCCCCUUUGCUCUUUGACCUCUCCCGCGACCCCUCUGAGACCACACCCCUGACCCCAGACACGGAACCUGCCUUCCACUCGGUCCUGGAGAAGAUCCUGGCCGCGGUGUCUCUCCAUAAGGAGUCCAUCACCCCCGUUCAGGACCAGCUCGCCCCGGGACACGUCCUAUGGAAGCCCUGGUUGCAGCCCUGCUGCUCCUCCCUGUCCCAGCUCUGCAGGUGUGAGAGAGAUGGUGGGAGACACGGCCACCGGAGCACUGCGGCGGCAGAGGCAGACUCUCCACAGGACCAGCACAUCAUUGCUUAACACUAGGGGAGGGUAACGGAGGAAUCCAGAACCAAUCUUUUAGUGGCGGUGUCUUGAGUCAAAGGAUGCCAUCAUCUCUACCCUGGCCGUUGUCAAUGCACCUGUUGAUGCUCUGACCCAAGAUGAAUUGGAGGUGGUGGAGGAGGUGUGCAGAGUCCUGGAACCCUUUGAGCAGGUCACUGUGGAGAUCAGUGGAGAGAGGUACAGUAAGCAGUUAUCAUUAUUUCAUCCAGUAUUAUAUAUGUAUAUGAGCAGGAGAUGAGAAUGUAGUAUCAGUAGACAGAACAUGAACCUGAACUAAUAAGUCACUGUUCUCUCCUUUCAGCUAUGUGACAGCCUCAAAAAUGAUACUCCUGUGUCAGGGUCUGCAGUGAAUCACAGCCAGUCGCCAGAGAGAAGCAAAUGUAACCACAGGACAUGUGACAGAGUUGAUGGACACCCUAUGUUCAUCAAUGGACAGAAAUGGAAUAUAAUCAUGUGCUAUCAGAAACCGUUGCACUUGACCCCAGGUUUAAGAAGUUAGCCUUCGGUGAUGCCAGAGUGAUUGAUGAGGCUCUUCAAAGAAUAACCUCAGCAGCAGGGAGGGACAGCCCCAGCAGUCAGCUGGCUCAGGCACCAGGGCAACAGGAAGAAGAGGGAUCAGAUAGAGGAGAAACACCAGCAGUAGUGCCACAAACGUCUGCUGUUUGGAUGCUGUUUGACGAGAGAGCAACUGGGGAUGCAGCACGAAGGAAUCCCUUAGCAGAUGCCAUAAUGGAGGUCCGAUCCUAUUUAGAGGAUCCCCUCCAAAGAUCUGCAGAUCCUCUGAGCUGGUGGAGGAACAAGGCCUCUGUCUACCCACGGCUUACUAAAGUCAUGACAGGGAGAAUCUGCAUAGUGGCCACAUCCGUUCCCUCUGAGAGGGUCUUCUCGAAAACUAAACCGCAUCAGCCCCUCGAAAGUGAGGCAGCUUGCAUUUCUGAAUGCAAAUGUCUCAAAAGCUAAAUAUGGUCAGCAUUGCUGUGUGCUGCUGGUUAUAACAUGGCACUAAAGAAGAGAGAGAAAAGGGGGACCAGUUUAAUGUUUUAAGUGGGAUUCGGCAGUUUUGCACAUUGUUAUUUAUUUUUCUUUGAUAUGGUGCAAUAUUCUAUUAUUAUGUUGUUCAGAACGUAUUCGUUUUGAAUGGUUAUAUUUAUAUGCACUUUGUUUAAAUACAUUAAAAAAGUUAUACUUUAAAUGUACGUGUAAUAGCAUCCUUCUUUUAUACAUUUAUUUCAAUUUGUGGGAUGCUGCAGUUUUGCAAAUUGUUAUUUAUUUUUCUUUGAUAUGGUGCAAUAUUCUAUUAUGCUGUUCAGAUUGUAUUCGUUUUGAAUGGUUUGAUUUACAAAUCUGUUGAAAUAUGGUGAAAUUGACUAAACCUGUAAGAAAACA